CUCGCUCAGUGAUGUUGGAUUUGCUUCUACAGUGAGCUGUGCCUUCACCAACGCUCUGCCAUCAGCACGAGGACACACAUACACACACACCAGCAGACCCAACGACCGACCGACCGCAGGUUACGAUGGAGGAGGAGAACCUGCUGAAGGAGCGACUCCAGGCCAUCACGGACAAAAGGAGGAUCCAGGAGGACAUCGCCAAGAAAAGGAGGCAGAUCGAGGAGGAGAAAUUAAAACUGCAGUACGUAAAGAAGAAAGCCCUGAGGGAGCAGUGGCUGAUGGACGGACUGAGUCAGCAGCAGACGGAGGAGGAACAGGAGGAACUGAGGAGGAAGGAGGAGGAGGAGCAGGAGCAGAGGAGGAGCAACAUACACAGAAUAGAGAAGGAGAUCGAGGCCUUGGAGAUGCAGGAGCUCAGCAUCUCAGCCAAUGAGGAGGCGGUUCUGAAGCGCCUAAAGGAGGUGGAGCGCACGGCCGAGGACAUCAUCAAGGAGCUAACGGCUGAAUUCCACCAAGAUGUGAUGUGUUGUAUUCCUUCUCCGCUCCCGGACAUCCUGGACAUCCCGUCCUUCAUCCAGCCGACGCAGAGGCGUCAGUCUGUGAGCGAAGAACCAAAGAAAGCCACAUUCGCAGUGGAGAUCAGCGUGGAACACGACAAGAAAACAGGAAAAAGCCAGGUUGUCUCCACAGCGACCGUCACCCCAGAGGACAUCCGAGAAAAAGGCUUAAAGGUGUACGAGGACGGCCGCAAAUCCGUCUACGCUCUGCACCCGGACGGACGCCGAACGCCCGGAAGCGGAGCGGUGGGGGAGAUGACACCAACGGAGGUGGAGGAGCUGCUGCGUCAGGCCACGGAAGCGCCCAGCGAGGUGCGCUACCACCGGCCCGUCUACGCUACGCCCUACGCCGGGACCAGCCGGCCCUCCACGCCCAGGACGCCCAAUAAGACGCCCAGUCCCAGCUGUUUCCAAAGACCGACAGAAGAACGCCGGUCCGAGCACGACACACGGAACCUACAAAGCGAAACGCCGAGUCCAAACCUCAACCCACAGACGGAACCUUCUGACGUUCCAGCCCAACCGAAGAUGGAAAACCUGCUUCUACGACCGAAGAUGGAAAACCUGCUUUUACAACUGAACGCCGGCGGCAAAAGUACCAGCAACAGGAAGACGGAUACGAGUCCGAAAGCAGCAGCUCUGGUUUCAGUCACAGCCAAGUCUGAAGGGGUGCCAGUACCCAUAAUGCCCCUCUACAGGUCCGUGGAGGUGGAGCCACAGGAGAUCGUCACCGAUCCGGACCUGGUCGACAGUUUCCCAGAGGAACCGUAUUCGGGCCCCAUCACCAUGAUCUUCAUGGGCUACGAAAAGGCCGACGAGGACGAAGGUAUCCAGGCCGAGCUGGUCGUCAUAGGCAACAGCGACGACGACGACAACGACACGAGCGCGCAGGAGUUCGUCUCGUACCACCCAGAGGGAUACAGGAGUAAAGUCUUCCAACCAAAGGUGGGCGUUGCCAAGGUAACGGGCCACAGAGACGCUAUCGACGACGCCCACACGCGCUGGGACGACCUGGCGCCGCACAAGCCCACGUUCAUCCAUCGACCUGGAAAAGGACGAAGGCCGGAUGAGUCUGCCGACGCUGGCAGCAUCAACAUGGAGAAGAUGAAGAUGUGUUCGACACAGAGAUAAAGACAAAAGAAG